ACGUCAAUAUACACACGUACACGUACACAAACUUGAUUAAAUGAUCUAACCUUUAUUUGAAUUCGAUUCCUUAACCUCACUUUUUGACUAAAAUUGUUCUUCGUGAUAAUUUAGAGAAAAACUUGUAUUUAUGAAAAAUGGAGACCGUACGUCCAUGUGGUUGUAAAGGGAUUCGUACUUGCUUGAUUUGCGAAGAACAAUUUAACAUAACAAAGCCAGAUUUAAAAGAAAAGUUACAAGAAAAAUCCUCUUACGUUUAUUGUCCGUAUUGUAAUAAAGCAUGGGCUGGAUGGGAUAUAGAAUUGUACAAACAACAUCCUCAUCAUAAGGGACAUGCGAUAGAUUAUCCAGGUGUUUUUAUUAAACUUGAUUUCUUAAAUACGGAAGAGACAUUGAGUUUGAUAAAAUCACUGGACGAAUUACCAUGGGAACCAUCGCAAAGUGGUAGAAGAAAACAAAAUUUUGGUCCAAAGUGUAAUUUUAAAAAACGAAAAUUACGUUUAGGCACUUUCAAUGGAUUUCCGCAAUCUACAGAAUUUGUACAAAAGAAAUUCAGUGAAAUUCCACUUUUAAAUAAUUUUAAGACGGUAGAGCAAUGUACUCUUGAAUACAAUCCAAAACGAGGAGCUUCUAUAGAUCCUCAUAUAGAUGAUUGUUGGAUAUGGGGAGAGCGUAUAGUUACGGUUAAUGUAUUAGGUGAUUCUGUAUUAACAAUGACACCUUAUAUCGAGUCGAUUAGACGUUACAAUUUAGAUUAUGUAGAAAAUUAUUCUUCUAAAGUUGAUAAGAAAAUAGGAACACAGCAAGACAUAGUAAUACGUUUGCCUAUGCCAGCAAAAUCAUUGAUGGUUUUAUACGGACUUGCGAGAUAUAAUUGGGAACACUCUGUGCUUCGAGACGAUAUAACAUCAAGACGCAUCUGUCUCGCUUAUAGAGAAUUAACUCCACCAUAUCUUGAAAAUGGUAAACAUGAAAAGGAAGCAUCAGAAAUCCUUGAAAAAGCAACCAUUUUUUGGUAACAACUAAAUAGUACCACUGAUAUCAUGUUCGCACAAUUUUACUGUAAUGCAAUCCAUUGCAUUUUUACCAUUCCAUUUGAAAUAUCGUGCAGUAUGAAAUAUAACCACAAAUAGAACAAAGGAAGCGUUGAAGACAAAGCAGCACGAUUGAAAUAAAAGUUUUACAGUGGAAUUUUGAUACAG